AUGGACGGAGAGAAUAGAAUAAUCCUCAACGUAGGCGGAAUAAGGUACGAGACUUACAAAGCUACCUUGAAGAAGAUUCCAGCUACAAGACUGUCCAGGCUCACAGAGGCGCUAGCCAACUAUGACCCGAUCCUCAAUGAGUACUUCUUCGACAGGCACCCCGGCGUAUUUGCUCAAGUUCUUAACUAUUACAGAACGGGAAAACUUCAUUACCCAACCAAUGUUUGCGGGCCACUGUUCGAAGAGGAACUCGAAUUUUGGGGACUCGACUCAAACCAAGUGGAACCUUGCUGCUGGUCCACUUACAGCAUCCACAGGGACACACAGGGCUGGGCCGUGACAGUCCUCAUAAACGGAUUAGCACUGGCUGAGGAUCCUAAUCUUGCGGUAAUUAAUGGCUUCAGCUUCUGUCAGGUCUACCGGCUCGGGUCUGUCCCUCCGCGAGGUAGUCUGCCAUCUAACUCUCUCCCUCCAUCAUCGCACAAUGGUACCAUGGGAGGUACAGCAUUGCGGAGGAGAGCUAUAGACGAUGUCGGGGGGCUACGUGCGUGGAAUAAGGACCAAUCCCAUGCAAUUUUAAAGCAGCUAAGAGGUAUCCUGGGAGGCAGGACAUUCAGGAGGAAGCAGAGACUGAGGAAGGCUAAUUUAGUGCUGGCAGGAAGAUACGGAAGCGGACAUGAGGAUGCUUGGAGUGAGGAAUUGGAGGUGGAUGGCCGAGGACUAGAAUUGACCAGAAUCGUGGAAGGAGCCAUGGUUCUUCACAUACCAUAG